CAUGAUGAGGUUAGGCUCUGCUCCUUGGCGGGCACGGCAAGGUACCAUUUCGCUUUCGACCUUCAAAGUCAAAAUUUGGUCCAUCGCUAUCAUCACUAAACAAAAGGCACAUGCCCGAUGAAACAUGUGCCGAACGUUCUACAUAUAUUCUCCCCCAAACGAAUGGAACUGACAGCCUGCUCUCACUUAGCACAGUACACUGUUCUGCUCGCGACGCCGUGUGCGGGACACUCUCUCCCAUGGCCACCUACACUUGCGGCCCUGUUCCGUUCACGGACGUCGACGACGGCACGGUGCCGAAGCGCCCAGCCAAAGAGGAGUUCGGGGACCUCGUCGCAGCGCUGCCGCGCAAGCAUCAGGCCGGCCUGGAGCUGCGGCUGUACCAGGGGUUCUGGCUUCCCGACAACUGGGUCGCGGGCACAGUCGUCUUCCAGCGCCGCUUCGCCCCACGCCCCGACGACGUGAUCCUCGCCAGCUACCCCAAGUGCGGCACCACGUGGCUCAAGGCGCUGGCCUUCGCCACCAUGACGCGCGACGCGUACCCGGCGCCGGCGCAGCACCCGCUCCUCCGCCUCAACCCGCACGACUGCAUCCCGUUCCUGGACGAGAUCUUCGCCGACGGGCAGGAGGCCAAGCUCGAGAAGCUCCCGUCGCCGCGCCUCAUGAACACGCACAUGCCGUACACCCUGCUCCCCGAGUCGGUCACCGGCGCCGCCGUCGCCGGCUGCAAGGUGGCGUACGUCUGUAGGGACCCCAAGGACAUGGUCGUCUCCCUGUGGCACUUCCUCCGGCGCCGGCAGCCCGACCUCCCGUUCGCCGAGCUGUUCGAGCACGUCUGCGACGGCGCCGUGGCCGUCGGCCCGAUCUGGGACCACGUGCUCACCUACUGGCACGCGAGCGUCGCGCGGCCAGACAGGGUGCUCUUCCUCAAGUACGAGGACCUGCUGCUGGACACGGGCAAGCACGUGAGGAGGCUGGCGGAGUUCAUGGGCCGGCCGUUCUCGUCCGCCGAGGAGAGCGCCGGAGCCGUGGAGGCCGUGGUGGAGCUGUGCAGCUUCGAGAAGAUGAAGGGCCUGGAGGUGAACAAGAAGGGCUCGUCGGGGGCGUACCACGCCAUGCCCCGCGACGCCUUCUUCAGGAAAGGGGUCGCCGGAGACUGGGUGAACCACAUGACGCCGGAGAUGGCGACCCGGCUGGAUGAGGUUGUUCGUGACAAGUUUCGCGGCACGGGGCUCCUCGCGGCUCCGUGAUCGGGACAUGUCGCGUGCGUGCGCGUGGGUAAAUCAAGUGAGGCGAUCAGCAUGCGUGAUUCGCUUGUACUGUAUGCUUGGCUGCUGGUGCCUGUUUGAUUAAGAAUAAGAGAUGCUGUGCUUGGCAUAAUCACUACCAACAUUAUCGAAUAAAUAAUUAUGAUUAUAAAUGCAA